AUUCCAGCUUUAUAAGUGGGGAGGGGGAACCCUUUUGUUGCUACUGUUAGAUAACGGAAUCAGAAAUGUCUGAGUCUGCUGCAGGUGACCCUGUAGGACCAGAUAUCUGCCCACCUGUGGCCUACGGGAGUACACUGAACUGGGGGAAGGUUUUGUGGCUGCCCAGCUGGUCCAAGCGCUGCUGUUCCUCCUCUGAGGAGAUGUGCUGGCAAGCAGGGGCUGUGCCAGGCCGCUGCCUCUGGGCCUCUUCCUCUGCCAGCCUAGCGGAGCUGAUUGUUUACUCUGGCAGCAGCUCUGUUCAUAUUCCUCAGGCUGUCCACAGCUGAUGUGGGAUGUGUGCAAAAUCCAGCCGUGACAGGAUGUGUGGGAUUUCCCACUAAGCAGAGACUGUUAAGCUUUGGAGCCGGUUGUGGGUGCAGAAUGUGGGUUUCCAAGGUGAUUUCUGCUGCCAUGAGGACCAGAAGCUUCUUCAAGAAAGAGCUGAUGGUGUAAACCGAGGCUGAAAAGCAGAAGAUGACUAUUUUUGUAUGGCUCUUAUUAAGGCCUCGCCUCAGCACCACACAGGACUGGCCCUUUUCAACAUACAGCAUCGCUGGAGUAACCACCUUUUGGAAAAAGUGGAUGUUCCACUAACCGCUUUUUGAUGCUCAUCUGUGUAGAAGUUCACUUUGUGAACCUGACAGAGUUGGCUCUAGCCUAGGCAAGAUUUUGCUUUCCUAGUGAGCCAAUGGAGAUGUGUUUCAUAGGCUGAAUGCUUCACAUGACACCCUUGAAAUAUCCGCCGCCCCCCCCUCAACUUGUGCCAGGUUCCUUCCAGCACUGUAGAAAGGCUCAAGCGGCCCUGGCUGACGAUGUCCCUGGAACAGGGCAGGAGUGCCCCAAAGCUGAAUGGCCAGCGGCAUGUUUUUCCUUGGAUUAUUGUUUCCUAUGUCUUUUGGAAGACCUGAGGGUGGAUUUCUUACAAGCCCUACUGGCUUGUCUUCAGCUGCUGAAGGAGUCUAGCAAGUGCUGUGCGAUGCAGGAUACUUGGGAUUCAGGGCCUGUUUGUUGCAAGAUGGUCUCCGCUGUGCUUGGCUGCUGGCAGAGAAGCUCAAAGAGUCCUGCGUUGGGCGGGAUUUGGCUUCCCUGAGCGCUUUCCAGCAGCAGCAGAAAGGCUGGGAGCCUCUACACCAAGAUGUCUUUGUUCCAAGGAACUGAGCAAAGCACUGCAGUCCAAGGGGCCGCAGGGUUUGUGUGUGUGUGUGUUUAGGUCCAGCAGCUUAAAAAGCAGCCCAUCUAGAAUGGCAGGGAGGCUUGGAGGGGAAAACUCUCCUUAUAUUUUCUCCUUGAGGAAAGCAACAAUAAGGAAGCUGGAGAAUUUGCAUGUUGUUAUUGCUAAGAGUUCAGUGGAAAAGCAGAAAAACUGCUGCUUUUGUUGAAGUGGCUGGCCCUCUUGCAUCUAGUUUCCGGUGAGGCUGGCCUGGUUUUUCUGGAUGCAUCACGUGGUCCAGCUGUGAUCACGUGGAGGUAGAAGGAGCUGCUUUGUGGCAAAUGAACUGCAGAUCGUUGCCCUUCUGCGACACACAGUCUGUGUAACGGAGAGAAGGAAGGUGGCUAGCCAGGCAGGGAGAGUGGCUUGAUUUCCCUCUGCAUGCCACCCUCUCCUGAAUCCCCAGCUUGCCACCAGUUGUGGAUCUGCCACCAGGCACUCUGGGAGGGGAGGGCACUGGAGCAAAGCAGUGGGAGACUUCGGGAGGGGCCUUGCUGCAGCCGGCUUGUGGUUGGAGACGCGCAGCUGUCCCCCGGGUGCAGCAGAUAUCCAGCAGGCCAGCCAUAAAGCAUGUCCAGUGAUCCUCCUCCGCCCUACCCAGGGGGGCCAUCUGCCCCGCUCAUAGAGGAGAAGGAUGGCCUCCCUUUCCCAGCAGGCAGAGUCUCGCCCGUGGUGGUACAGCCACAAGGAGCCCCACAGCCCCCAUUGGAUGUUGGGCCUCCACCGUAUGAACCCCCACCACACCCAGGGUUCAUUCCCCCACCCAUGACCACUGAUGGGUCAAUGCCCUACAUGUCUCCUGGAGGCUACUACAUGCCCCCUGGACCACAUGUCCCCAUGGGCUAUUACCCUCCAACAGGCCCAUACGCCCCUGCAGGAGGCCAAACAGCGGCAGUUCUCGUGCCAUCGGGGGCUGCAGCCACUGUGACGGUACUGCAGGGCGAGAUCUUCCAAGCUGCGCCCGUCCCAAGCAUCUGUCCGCACUGCCAGCAGGCCAUCACCACCAGGAUCACCCAUGAAAUUGGCCUCAUGAACUUCCUGCUGGGAUUCUUUUGCUGCUUUGUGGGGUGUGACCUGGGCUGCUGCUUGAUCCCAUGCCUGAUAGACGAGUUCAAGGAUGUGACACACACCUGCCCCAACUGCAAGGCCUACAUCUACACAUACAAGCGCAUGUGCUAGCAGUGUCUGCUGGGCCGGGAGACGACGGCUUCCCUCUCUCGUGUCACUGGCCUGACCUACCUGUGUCCAUUGGCCUCCUGCUUGUAUCUUUCCUUCUCCCUCCUUCACAGACAGCUUUGAAGGCCUCAGGACUGUGGUGUCUCUGAGGCUGCCCAGGGAUCUGGAGGGCAGGUGCCACAAGUGGGGGUAGCUGUGAGGUGGUGAACAAGGCCAGCCUCUGUGGUUGCGUUGUGUCUCUGCCUCACGCACCCAGUUCCUGGCUAGAACUGGGCUGUAUGAGUCUGAGAGGCCUUGAGGUCCCAGGGUACAACGUUUACCUUUACCUCCCCUCCCUGUGCCUGUUGCUCCCAGAGAGGAAGAGGGCAAGGCCUGGUGGUGCUGUUGCACUUCUCAAGGGCUGGCUUUCUUGGCCUCCUUGGAGUUGUAGACAAGAGGCUAGAGGCCUCCAUUUCCCCACACACACAACUUUGAAAGGGAAGGUUGAGUGUGUUUGUUUCUUUAACAAAAAAACUUGGCCACUGUGCUUGACGCCAUGUUUGUUCCUUGCUUCGAUUUGAGUUUAUGCUGUACCAAAAGCUGCUCUGUUUCUUGGGCCACGUGCUGUUCAUGCCUUGAAUCUGGAAGAGGGCAGCAGGAGCCGGAGUGGUUCUUGCCUGCUGCUGUGGGACAGGGCCCUGGGGGCAGCUGGGAAGGGAGGGGUGAGGCCAGCAUUAGGGCUAAUGGCCUCCACCUCCGUGGAAGGUCUCCCAUCCCUCCUCUCCUUUGUGCUUGGCUGCCUUUGCAAGUCUGUACGAUGCCUCUUACCCCAUUCUGUCCCCUCAGUGGUGGUGGUGGGGCUCCACCUUCUGACUUGUCCCUGCACCAUUCAAGUUUGUCUGUCCUUAAUGUGUUGAGGCCAAGGGCCAGAACAGGAGGCCCCUGUAUUCAGACACCUCUCCCCCUCUUCCCACAUGUAGAUACCUUGUCAAACCUGAGUAUGCUUGUCUGAGUUGUUUCGUGGUGUAUUGUUAUUAUAACUCUUAACUGUGACUUAACAGAAAUGUGAAGACCCUUUGCACACCUCCCCCUCCCCCACUUGGUUUUGCACUAAUUCCCCCAGAAAAGCCACAUCAUCCCACUAAUGAGCCACCGUAGGGCAAAAUGGGGCAAGCGGAUUUGGGAUCCCAGGCAGAGAGUUGAAUCCAUGGCCAAAUCCUCCAUUUUGGUGGCUGGAUAUUCAUUUCCGAUAUGCACAGCAGCCAAGGAUUGGUAGGCGGGGAGGGGGAGUGGCAGUCAUUUAUCGGGAGUCCUUGAGUUUUGCCAGACUCCCUCUCCACGAGACCAAGUUUGUUGACUGCAUGUACUGGAGGUUGGGCCCUAAGGGCAGUUUAGGGAUUCUUCUUGUGUACCGCCCGCCCCGCAACACAGCAGACUCCCUGACCGAGGUGCUCGAGGUCAUCUCGAGCGUGCGGGUUCUCUCCCCUGACCUCUUAGCCUUGGGGGAUUUUAACCUGCAUGCCGAGGCUGCUCUCAUAGGAGCUCCUCGGGAUUUCAUGGAAACCAUGACUUCCUGGGAACUGCACCAUUGUAAUUUUGGACCCACCCAUGUAGCCGGUCAUGCUCUCGACCUUGUUUUUGUCUCGGGAGGGGAAGGAAGUGCUCUGAAAAUGGGGGCUGUUUCUUUGAACCCCGUGUCAUGGUCAGAUCACUAUCUGGUGAACAUGGACUUCUCACUGCCACAUACCCUCCGCGGGGGUAAGGGACCCAUUAAGAUGGUCCGCCCCAGACGCCUGAUGGAGCCAAAGGGAUUCCUGAAUGCGCUGGGAGAUGUGGAGCCGUCAGAAAGUCGCCCAGUCGAAACCCUGGUGACGGAGUGGAAUAGGGAGAUCACCAGGGCAAUAGACUGGGUGGCUCCAAAACGUCCUCUCCCACUGAAUAGAACUCAGAUUGCACCCUGGUAUACACCACACUUACGGGGCCUGAGGCAGGAGGUGAGACGACUAGAGCGUCGGUGGCGGAAAUCUCGUUCUGACGGCGAUCGGACACUUGAUAGAGCAGCAAUAGCUGCCUAUCAAGUGGCAACGAAGAGAGAAUUCUUUGCUGCUUCCAUUGCGUCUGCAGAGUGUUGUCCCAGGAGGUUGUUCCAAGUGGUCCGAAGCCUGGUCGGUCCGGUUGCACAGGAACCCUUGGAACAUUCUAAAGCCUCCUGUGACAAAUUUGCCAAGCACUUUGCUGAUAAAAUCGAGCGCCUGAAGAGCACGAUUCCGUACGCCGUGGACACAGGUAGUGGGCCAGAGCUGGCCAAUUGCAUUCCGGUCUGGUGGGAUCGGUUUCAGCCCCUUCCCUCUGAGGAAGUGGACAAGGUGCUCUCUAAUGUGAGGCCAACCACGUGCUUGCUUGACCCUUGCCCUACAUGGCUCAUUGUGAGCUGUAAAGAGAAAUUGAGCGAAGGGAUCAAGGCAGUGGUGAAUGCUUCCUUGGAAGAGGGUGCAAUGCCAUUAGCCCUCAAGGAGGCAAUAAUAAAGCCCAUUCUGAAAAAGUCCUCCUUGGAUCCCCAAGAGUUGAACAACUUUCGCCCAAUUUCCAAUUUACCAUUCUUGGGCAAGGUGAUUGAGUGAGUGGGGCUACUCAUUUACAGACACACUUGGAUGAAGCGGAUUAUUUGGAUCCAUUCCAGUCGGGCUUCAGGACUGGACAUGAAACUGAAACAGCCUUGGUCGCUCUGGUGGAUGAUUUGAGGAGGGCGUUGGACAGAGGUGAACACACAUUCCUCGUCCUCCUGGACCUCUCAGCGGCUUUUGAUACCGUUGACCACAGUAUCCUCCUGGAUCGCCUGAGGGGAAUGGGAAUAGGAGGCAGUGUUUUACAGUGGUUCCAUUCCUAUCUCUCUGAUAGGCACCAGCGGGUGGUAUUGGGAGAUGAGGCUUCAGACCCUUGGCCUCUCAAUUGUGGUGUGCCACAGGGUUCUAUCCUCUCUCCCAUGCUAUUCAACAUCUAUAUAAAGCUGCUGGGGGGCAUCAUCAGGAGAUUUGGGCUGCAGUGCCACCAAUAUGCGGAUGACACUCAGCUCUAUCAUUUAAGUCCUCACCAGAGAUGGCUGUGGUUACCAUUUCCAAGUGCCUGGAGGCCGUAAGUGAAUGGAUGGGAGGAAACAGGCUGAAGCUGAACCCCGACAAGACCGAGGUACUUCUUGUGGGAGAUAGGAGGAAGUUGGGUGAUUUUGACCUGGUGUUGAAUGGGGUAUGAUUGCCCCUGAAGGACCAGGUUCGCGGCCUCGGUGUUCUUGAUUCCCAGCUGUCCAUGGAGGCUCAGGUCGUGGCGGUGAGCCGGGCAGCUUGGUAUCAAUUACAUUUGAUACAAAGGCUGCGACCCUACCUCCCUGUCCAUCUGCUCUCACGGGUGGUACAUGCCCUGGUCUCCUCUCGCAUAGACUAUUGUAAUGCGCUCUACUUGGGGCUACCCUUGAAGACGGUCCAGAAAUUACAGCUGGUACAGAACGCGGCAGCACGUCUGAUCAAGAACAGCCGCCACCGAGACCAUAUCACUCCAGUACUUAAAGAUCUGCACUGGCUACCAGUUGUUUACCGGGCCCAAUUCAAGGUGUUGGUUUUAACCUUUAAAGCCCUACACGGUUUUGGUCCAGUUUAUCUAAAGGAACGCCUUCAGCAUCACCAGAUAGGCCGCCAAACGAGAUCAGCCUCCCAAGACCUUCUCUCGGUCCCACCAGUCAAAACAGCUAAGCUGGUGCGGACCAGAGAGAGGGCAUUUUCAAUUGUGGCCCCCGCCCUCUGGAACUCUCUGCCUUAUGAUCUCCGCUAUGCCCCCUCCCUGACAGGCUUCCGCCGAGAACUGAAAACAUGGUUUUUUAGGCAGGCAUUCGAGACCUCUGUCUAAUUUAGUUUAAAUUUUUGUAUGAUGGGGGUAGGUUUGGAUUGAGUAUACUUAUUGUUGUUUUAUAUUAUAUGUUAUAUUUUAGUCUAUGUACGCCGCCUAGAGUGGCUGUUAAUUCGGCCAGAUAGGCGGCCUAGAAAUAAAAUUUUAUUAUUAUUAUUACCUUA